AUGGAGCCGACGAGAGAUAGAGAUCAGCUUUUGGCCCUAAAAGUGAUGAGAUUGACCAAACCAACCCUUAUGCCCUUUAACCUUAUUCUCGCAGACGAUAAUGAUUUGUGUGGGAAAGAAAUUCAAUCUCAGAAUCAGAACGAUUUGUCUAAACCAAGGGAUUUGAGUUACUUUCCUUUGGGAGACCUGUUGACACUCCCACAGAACUUUGGUAACAUUGUACUUGGUGAAACCUUUUCAAGUUAUAUAAGUGUUCAUAAUGAUAGCAAUCAAGUUUGUAAGGAAAUAACUUUGAAGGCUGACCUUCAAACCAGUUCUCAAAGAUUGUCUUUAUCUAGUAAAAAUUCUCAGCCAGUUCCAGAACUAUUACCAGACCAUAGCAUUGAUGAUGUCAUACAUCAUGAAGUCAAAGAACUGGGAACUCAUAUUUUAGUCUGUGUUGUCAGUUAUGUUACUAAUACUGGGGAGAACCUUGCAUUUCGUAAAUUUUUCAAAUUCCAAGUGCUGAAACCAUUAGAUGUUAAAACCAAAUUCUAUAAUGCUGAGUCUGAUGAAGUUUAUUUGGAAGCUCAAAUUCAAAACAUAACCCCAUUUCCUAUUUAUAUGGAGAAUGUUAGUUUGGAACCAUCUGCUCAGUACAAAGUCCAGCAACUAAAUACUCAUAAAGAUGGUGAAGAUAAAGAAGUAUUUUGUCGUAUAAAUUAUUUAAGUCCAACAGACACAAGGCAAUAUUUGUAUUGUCUGAAGCCCAAACCAGAACUGCAUUCAGAAAUGAAACAGAAGAAAGGGUUGAAUAAUAUAGGCAAGCUGGAUAUUGUUUGGAAGACCAACAUGGGAGAGAAGGGUAGGCUACAGACAAGUCAGCUUCAGAGAGUUGCUCCAGGAUAUGGUGAUAUUAAACUGACCAUUGAAAGCAUUCCAGAUAGUGUCAAAUUAGAAUCAAUUUUCAAUGUGACAUGUAGAAUAACUAAUUGUUGUGAAAGGACAAUGGACUUAACAUUAGUUUUACAGAAUUUAAAUAUUUCUACUGGUUUACUCUGGUGUGGUAUAUCAGGUAAACAGUUAGGAAAAUUACCACAGAAUGAGAGUAUGGAUAUUCAUUUGACAUUACUAGCUGUAACUCCUGGCUUACAAUCAAUUUGUGGAUUAAGAUUAACUGAUAACUUUUUAAAGAGAACAUAUGAACAUGAUGAUAUUGCUCAGAUAUUUGUUAGUGAUGAGUAA